UGGCGCCUCGCAUGAAUCAUAACAAGGGUGAACAUCUUUUUAAAAAAUAAUAACGGAAUGACAGGUUUGCGAACUAAAUUGUACACACUCAGUGUAACCGUAUCCAGUCCUUAGUGGUAAUUAUAUUGGUGUUGUCAGGAAUACUAGACAAUCGUGUCCCGUUGUUGGAUAUUAGGUAAACCGGUCUCGAGAUGUCAGGGACAAAUGCUUGGAAGCGCAGUCGAGACCGAAUGAAGCUUUUCCCAGAGCUGCUGGCGCAAUGUGUACCGGAGGCAACUGCAUACGGCAAGUGUGUGACAGCGACGACCGUGGGCAAACAGGAGUUGCAGAAAGACUUGUGCGUGAAAGAGUUUGAAGCGCUGAAGACGUGCUUCACAUCAGCGGCAAAGAAAGCUGGGAAAUAGCAUCGAGUGUUGACACUUUCCUUGUCCAGGGAAAAAUAAGGACCUGCAUUAGGAUGUACAUUGUGAAGUCGCUGGAGAUGAGAAGACUACUGGGUUUGAAGAAUUAAUCUAUUUAUUCAUUUUGGCUCUGCGCUAUAAAAAAAACGCCCCUGAAAUACAGGAAUAACAGUGUUCUCAGUUUUAUAAAGAUGUAAAGACUUAAAAGAUUCAAAUGUUUGUAUCAAGUGAGUGUUCUGAAGUCAUUAUGGGUCAGUGUUACCCACAAUUAGGAAAUACACGUGUUUAUUUUCA